AUGAACCCGACAACGACUCUGCGUGAGGUGUCAAACCUCUCGGGCGGCAUUGGCGAUGUGAAGCAGCGCCUCGCGCAGCGUAUUGGUAGCAGCUGGGAUUCCUAUCGCCUUGCCCCCUCUACCAUCGUGCCUAGGUCAAGCCUCUACGACCUCCGCCCCGGCACGAGGGAGAGGUCGAAGGAGAUGCUUGUAAGCCCCCACGCCGAUCGCCGCCACGCCGACAACCCUGUUUUCUGCACCGACAUCGUCAAGGACAUCACCGCCAUGUACAUGGACAGCGAGAGGCAGACGGAGGGGAAGGCAAGCAAUGGCCGGAUUCUGGCGUCGCCGAGGUACUUGACCUAUCAGCCAGAAAUUAAUGAAAAGAUGCGUAUGAUUCUGGUGGAUUGGCUCAUUGACGUUCAUCUCAAGUUCAAGCUUCACGCGGAAACAAUGUACUUGGCGGUGAACAUCUUGGAUCGCUACCUUUCCACUGUGAAUACCAAGCAGCCGGCGGGGACGUACGUGGCCCGAUCGCAGCUGCAACUAGUCGGUAUCACUGCCAUUCUGCUUGCCGCCAAGUAUGAGGAAAUUUGGCCCCCAGAAGUGAAGGAGUGUGUACACAUCAGCGCCAACACAUACACACGGGAUGAGGUCCUCAAAAUGGAGCGCAGCGUUUGCUCUGCCUUGUCCUUCCGCUUGACGGUCCCAACGCCGUUCCCCUUCCUAGUGCGUCUGCUGAACGUUAUGGAGGGGUUGGACCGCUCUGGCUCCUUGGGCGAGGAAUACAACAUCUACCUGACCCGACUGCGUCACACUGCCUUCUUCUUUUUGGAGCAUGGCAUGCUUGACUACAAGUGCCUGCAAUUUACCCCGGCCCAGCACGCGAACGCCUCGCUGUUUCUCGCCCUUAUAACUCUGCGAAUCAAACAAAAAGGCGGCUCUUGCUCCUUUGACGGUGAAACAAUUUGGACACGUCAGCUGCAGCACUACAGCAAGGCAAAGGUGUCUGAGUUCAAGGCAUGCGCCGAGGCCAUACUGGAGUUUGUGAACUAUGUUCCCACCACAAAGUACCAGGCGGUGCGGCGCAAGUACAGCAGCGCAAGGUACGGCGAGGUGGCAAAGCUCAUCAUGCCUAACGAGGUCCCCGACUACUGA